AUGCUUAAAGGUCAACAGCCAUUCUUUUGAAAUACUCAGGGAGAAGCAACAGCAGACUAUGGGCAGGCAAGUGAGAAGGGCGUUAGUUCUUGGGGGAAAGCCGAGAUGGACAUUCAGUAAGUAGAAUGUACGUUUAAAAGACGGGAGAAAGUGCACCAUCAGGUAGCCACCAAGCCUGGCAUCGAACAAACAACUGAGAUCCUGUUGCAUCUGUCACCUGCUGAAGUUGCCAAUCUCAAGGAAGGAAUCAAUUUUCUUCGAAAUAAGAAGACUGGCAAAGAUUACAUCUUAUAUAAGAACAAGAGCCGCCUGAGAGCAUGCAAGAAUAUGUGCAAGCAUCAAGGAGGCCUGUUCAUAAAAGAUAUCGAGGAUUUAGAUGGAAGGUCUGUUAGGUGCACAAAACACAACUGGAAGUUAGACGUGAGCACCAUGAAGUAUAUCAAUCCUCCAGGCAGCUUCUGUCAAGAUGAACUGGUUGUUGAAGUGGAUGAAGAAAAUGGACUUUUACUUCUAGAACUGAAUCCUCCUAAUCCCUGGGAUUCAGAGCCCAGGUCUCCUGAAGAUUUAGCCUUUGGGGAAGUACAGAUAACAUACCUCACUCACGCCUGCAUGGACCUCAAGCUGGGAGACAAGAGGAUGGUGUUUGACCCUUGGUUAACUGGUCCUGCUUUUGCCCGUGGAUGGUGGUUGCUACAUGAGCCUCCAUCUGACUGGCUGGAGAGGCUGUGCCAAGCGGACCUAAUUUACAUCAGUCACAUGCACUCAGACCAUCUGAGUUACCCCACACUGAAGAAACUUGCUGGGAGAAGACCAGAUAUUCCCAUUUAUGUGGGAAACACGGAAAGACCUGUAUUUUGGAAUCUGAAUCAGAGCGGUGUCCAGUUGACUAAUAUCAAUGUAGUGCCAUUUGGAAUAUGGCAGCAGGUAGACAAAAAUCUUCGAUUCAUGAUCUUGAUGGAUGGCGUUCAUCCUGAGAUGGACACUUGCAUUAUUGUGGAGUACAAAGGUCAUAAAAUACUCAAUACAGUGGACUGCACCAGACCCAAUGGGGGAAGGCUGCCUUCGAAGGUUGCUCUAAUGAUGAGUGAUUUUGCUGGAGGAGCAUCAGGCUUUCCAAUGACUUUCAGUGGUGGAAAAUUUACUGAGGAAUGGAAAGCCCAGUUCAUUAAAACAGAGAGAAAGAAGCUCCUGAACUACAAGGCUCGGCUGGUGAAGGACCUACAACCCCGAAUUUAUUGCCCCUUUGCUGGAUAUUUCGUGGAAUCCCACCCAUCAGACAAGUAUAUUAAGGAAACAAACAUCAAAAAUGAUCCAAAUGAACUCAACAAUCUUAUCAAGAAAAACUCUGAUGUGGUAACCUGGACCCCACGACCUGGAGCCACCCUUGAUCUGGGUAGGAUGCUAAAGGACCCUACAGACAGCAAGGGCAUCAUAGAGCCUCCAGAAGGGACUAAAAUUUAUAAAGAUUCCUGGGACUUUGGACCAUAUUUGAAAACCUUGAAUGCUGCUGUAGAAGAUGAAAUAUUUCUUCAUUCAUCUUGGAUAAAAGAAUACUACACUUGGGCUGGAUUUAAGAAUUACAACCUGGUGGUCAGGAUGAUUGAGACAGAUGAAGACUUCAGCCCUUUUCCCGGAGGAUAUGACUAUUUGGUUGACUUUCUAGAUUUAUCCUUUCCAAAAGAAAGACCAAGCCGGGAACAUCCCUAUGAGGAAAUUCGGAGCCGUGUUGAUGUCAUCAGAUAUGUGGUGAAGAAUGGUCUACUCUGGGAUGACUUGUAUAUAGGAUUCCAAACCCGGCUUCAGCGGGAUCCUGACAUAUACCAUCAUCUGUUUUGGAACCAUUUUCAAAUAAAACUCCCCCUAACGCCACCCAACUGGAAGACCUUCCUGAUACACUGUGAAUAGAGCGGACCUGACAUUUCCCAGGGAUGCCAAGCAACAUGAAAAAUUCAAGAAUUUACUGAUGCUACAUCUUGAACACGAGAACCUUCUACCAGAGACCAUGCCUUAUUGACAUCAGCAAUGGUUAAUUACAUGCUGCAUUUGUGAGAUGUU